GGGGAAUUCCAAGACAUGCCCUCCAAGGAGGCUCUAAGCCCAGGACCUCAAGAUGGGGGAAAGCGCCACAGGGCCAUCACGGCCCGCAGACAGCACCUGAAGAGUGUCAUGCUCCAGAUCGCGGCCACGGAGCUGGAGAAGGAGGAGAGCCGCCGUGAGACGGAGAAGCAGAACUACCUCUCCGAGCACUGCCCCGCUCUGCACAUCCCUGGCUCCAUGGCUGAGGUGCAGGAGCUCUGCAAACAGCUGCACGCCAAGAUUGACGCGGCCGAGGAGGAGAAGUAUGACAUGGAGGUGAAGGUCCAGAAGAGCACCAAGGAGCUGGAGGACAUGAACCAGAAGCUGUUCGACCUGAGAGGCAAGUUCAAGAGGCCCCCGCUGAGAAGGGUGCGCAUGUCGGCGGAUGCCAUGCUGAAGGCGCUCCUGGGCUCCAAGCACAAGGUGUGCAUGGACCUGCGGGCCAACCUCAAGCAGGUCAAGAAGGAGGACACCGAGAAGGAGCGGGACCUGCGAGACGUGGGCGACUGGAGGAAGAACAUCGAGGAGAAGUCGGGCAUGGAGGGCCGCAAGAAGAUGUUCGAGUCCGAGUCCUAGGCCACCUGGCACUCCCAGCGGGGCCUUCCGAGGUCGGAUGGGCCCCUGUCAAUAAAGGAUUCCAAUCACCA